CGGUGGGCAAAGCAGCGUGUAUUCGUGUACACGAGGAUCGCUGGCGAGACGGGAACGAACCUAACCUUUCUCUCUCGGUACAUACAAUGAUACGCGUCUCAUCGUUAAACAAAUGCAAAUAGAUCGAAAGAGGCGAGUGUAAACGACUGUGUAUCGCGAGCGUCGUGAAAAGGAUUUUUCGACACACCUCCGUGUCGUGACAUUUGCGCAAUGGUGCUCUUAACCCCAGUAUUAGGUUGCGUCAAAAAGUUACCCAGAAAGUAUCUACGCUCCAAAUUUAUCGACACCCUACGUAUCCGUGUUACAGGAGGGACAGGAGGCUCCGGCUUACCUCGUUACGGUGGGCUGGGUGGUGCGGGAGGUAACGUGUACUUUGUUGCGAAAGACAGAUUGUUACUGGAGAACGUUGCGAAAACGUUAAAGAUCAAGCAAGUCAAAGCUGAUGCAGGAAAGGAUAGUAACAAGAGGGGAAUCAUUGGUGUACCUGGUCAAGAUAAAACUAUCUCGGUUCCAUGCGGCGUUAUGGUAUACAAUGAGAAUGGCGUGCUCUUAGGAGAGCUAAACAAGGAAGAUUCGAAACUAUUAGUGGCCAAAGGGGGCAAGGGUGGUUGCGAACAGACGGGCUACUGCGGAGUGAAAGGAGAAUCUCAGACGGUAAAGCUGGAUUUGAAACUGAUCGCCGAUGUUGGACUAGUUGGCUUCCCCAAUGCUGGCAAAAGCACGUUUCUGGCGGCGGUUUCGAGUGCCAAGCCUAAAAUUGCUAAUUACCCCUUUACUACGAUAAGGCCCAGAUUGGGAAUUAUGAAUUACAUGGAUUACAGGCGAAUCACUGUCGCUGACUUGCCGGGUUUGAUCGAGGGUGCGCAUUUGAAUAUCGGAAUGGGGCACAAUUUCUUGAAGCACGUCGAAAGAACAAAGCUGCUUCUGUUCAUCGUAGAUGUACAAGGUUUUCAACUGUCGGCGAAACAUAUGCGCCGAUCCUGUCUGGAGACUGUGGUCCUAUUAAACAAGGAGAUCGAACUCUAUAAACCGGAUCUACUAAAGAUGCCAACCGCGAUUAUAAUCAAUAAAAUGGACACUGACAAUGCCGAUGGUAUCCUCGAAGAGAUCAAGCCAAUGUUGGAGAAUUUGUCUGAAUACGUGGCGACGUGCCCGGAGGAAAUACAGCCCAAUCAAGUCGUACGUUUCGACGACAUCCUCUCGGCUUCGUUGAUCAUGAAAAACGACCGGGAAAUAACAACGAUCAAAGAGAGAAUACGAGAUAUCUUGGACAAGUACGAAGAACAACAACACGUGGCUGUUAACGGCGAUUCCUUAGAUUCGCAGUUGGUGGAGAGAAUAAAGCGACAAACUGAACGGCAAGCGCCGACCGUUGUAUAAACAUGUGUAUAGAAUAAAUAUUUCGUAUUAAACGUUGAUUCGAUCAUUGA